AUGGGUAUCAACCGUGUCGUCCAGUUUCAGUUCAAGCCGGACACCGGCAGCGAUGCCAUCGAGAAGGUGUCCGCCAAGAUCCAAGAGAUGAGGGAAAAGUGCUUGCACCCUGAAUCCAAACAGCCUUACAUUCAAUCCAUCCAAGGUGGCGCUGAUAGCGCGCCAGAAGGCCUACAGCAAGGUAUCACUCAUGCAUUCGUCAUCCAAUUCGAUAGCCCUGAAGACAGGGACUACUACGCCCUCAAAGACCCAGUCCACCUCACUGUCGUGGCAGAGCUGGGCCCUUUGGUAGAGAAGGUUCAGAUUAUUGACCUGCCGAGGAAUGAUUGA